UCCUGAUAUAACAAUCCCUCACCACAAAAAGCUUGCAAGUUCAAAUCUCUUGCAAGUUAGGUUGAUCGAUCGAUCGACUCCACGAUGGUAUUAGAGCGGAGCGAAUUGAAGAAGAAGGUGUGCGUGAUCGGAGCCGGACCGUCGGGACUAGUAGCGGCAAGGGAGCUGAGGAAGGAAGGUCAUGUGGUGGUGGUUAUGGAGCAAAACCAUGAUGUGGGUGGACAAUGGUUAUAUGAGCCUAGUGUGGAAGGGGAGGACCCAUUGGGGAAUAACAAGUUUCUAAAGGUGCAUAGUAGUAUUUAUGCCUCUUUGAGGCUAACAUCGCCAAGGGAGAUAAUGGGAUUCACUGAUUUCCCAUUUUUGGUCAAGAAAGGUAGGGAUAUGAGGAGGUUUCCAGGCCACAAGGAGUUGUGGUUUUACCUUAGGGAUUUUUGUGAUUGGUUUGGGUUGAGGGAGUUGAUUAGGUUUAACACUAGGGUUGAGUAUGUGGGUAUGGUGGAUUCUAGGGAUUCUUGUGGAGAUUUCAAAUGGGUUGUUAGAAGUAAGUUGAAGGAUGAUAGUGAGGUGGUGGAAGAGGUGUUUGAUGCUGUGGUUGUGGCCUCUGGUCAUUAUUCUCAACCCAGAUUGCCCACAAUUAGAGGAAUGGAUUCAUGGAAGAGGAAGCAAAUGCACAGUCAUAUUUACAGGGUUCCAGAGCCAUUUCGCAAAGAGGUAGUUGUGAUAAUUGGGAAUUCACUAAGUGGACAAGAUAUAUCCAUGGAGCUUGUGGAAGUGGCAAAGGAAGUACAUCUUAGUGCCAAAUCCCUUGGCAUCUCUCAAGGUUUAUCUAAAGUCAUUUCCAAACAUGACAACUUGCAUCUUCAUCCUCAGGUAGAGUCUCUCCGAGAAGAUGGACGGGUUGUUUUCGUUGAUGGAUCAUGGGUUAUUGCAGACACAAUAUUGUAUUGCACAGGGUAUUCGUAUGGCUUCCCAUUCCUUGACACCAAAGGAAUAGUCGUUAUUGAUGAUGACAGAGUGGGACCUUUGUAUGAACACACCUUCCCUCCAUCACUAGCUCCCUCUCUAUCUUUUGUUGGCAUACCCAAAAAGAUCAUAGGGUUCCCUUUCUUUGAAUCACAAGCAAAAUGGAUUGCUCAACUGCUGUCUGGGAAGACAACAUUGCCAUCAUGGGAGGAAAUGAUGCAAUCCAUCAAGCAAUUUUACCAAUCUAGGGAUGAUUCUCAUGUUCCCAAGCACAAUACUCACGAUAUUGCAGAUUUCGAGUAUUGUGAUAUGUACGCAGACCAUAUAGGAUUCCCACACUUGGAGGAAUGGAGGAAAGAACUAUGCAUAUCAGCCCUGGUGAAUGCAGAUGCCAACUUGGAGAGCUAUCGCGAUUCAUAUGAUGAUCAACAAUUGCUUCAAGAAGCUCUUCAAAGCCCACAUUUUACUCAACCAAUCAUGUAAUUAAUUAAAAGGGCUGCCUACCCUACCUAUUCUCAUCAAUUCCAACUACAUACAUAUAUAUAUGCAUCCAUACCAUACAUGUGCGUGUAUAUAUAUAUAUAUGUAAGCUAGAGACACAGAGGCAUGUCUCUGCUUCCUAUUCAUAAUUUGGCUACCUUUAUUGUUAUUAUUAUUAUUAUUAUAAAUAAUUAUGAAUUUAUUUUAAACAAUUAUAUAUGUAUACAUGUAAGCUAGAGAC